AUGCUAUCAAGUUUUACUGAACCACUAGAGAAAGGAAAAAGUUGGGGCUUGGAAUCUUCAAGAUCGCUCAUAAGGGUCUUAACCUUAUUUUCUAAAGACUCAUUCAUAGCACUCAACUUAUUAAGUCACCCAGAGGACUAUGAAAAAGACUCGACCAUCAGCACUAUAGAUCAAAUAUACAUAAUUAGUGGUUUAUAUGCUAAGAACUAUUUUUUUGGUGAUUUGCAGUUGAUUCAUGUUGCAAAAUCCGAUUCUCGACUUGCAAAUAAUGAUCUACCUGUCGAUAUACAAAGGUUGAGAUGUCGUGCGCUCUAUGAUGCUCUGCACUUCUCCCCAUCAAUAAAUUGGCUGGGAAAGAAGCUAGUGGAGAGGUUGAGAUCACGUGCAGAAAGAUACAUUGUGCUUCAUCUAAGAUACGAGAAAGACAUGCUCUCUUUUACUGGCUGUACUUACGGUCUUACUGAUGCUGAAUCAGAGGAGCUUAGAAUUAUGAGGGAGAAAACAAAUCACUGGAAGACCAAGAAUAUCAACUCCACAGAACAGAGAAUUGGUGGUUUCUGCCAUCUAACUCCAAAGGAGGUUGGAGUUUUUCUUCAAGCUCUUGGUUAUCCACCAUCUACCUUGAUAUAUAUUGCUGCUGGGGAAAUUUAUGGUGGUAAUGCUCAUCUUUCAGAGCUCACUUCUUGCUAUCCAAAUGUAGUUUUCAAGGAAAUGCUUGCAAUUGCUGAAGAAUUGAAUCCGUUUUCUAAGCAUGCAUCUCAAACUGCGGCACUUGAUUAUAUUAUCUCCAUAGAAAGUGAUGUUUUCAUUCCAUCACAGACAGACUGA